CAAGCGAAAGAGCAAGUUAGCAAGGUUGAGUGGAAGAGCCAAAAUAAUAAGUUUGUGUGGACAAGCGAGUGGACAAGAGCGAGCAAGCGAAAAUUGACAAGCAAUGACGAGAGUGAAGCAAGAACAAGUGAACAAA